UACCCUCGUUCUGCGCUUCCACGAAGUUUAAAGUCACCUUCCCUCGACGUUCGCGAGGCAUCAUCCGAUUUGUUGCAGAACCCCCCCCCCCACCCCCUAAAGCCCCCUCCUCCACCGUCUUUUCUACGGGACGUCGCUCAUCUCGCCUCCAACUCGAAACAGGUUCGUCAUGAACGGGCUCGCCAACCGCGAGCUGGUGCUCAACUCGGUGCUGGUGACGGGGGCGAACCGCGGCCUUGGACUCGGCAUCGUUCAUCACCUCCUCGAGCAGCAGCAGGCGUCUCCACGCUUCAUCUUCGCCACCUGCCGAUGCGCGGACGAGCAGAGCGCAAAGGAAUUGCGGAAUUUGGCGGAACACCACGCAAGCCUGCUGGUGGUGGAAAUGGACAUCACAGACCGCGCGAGUGUGGAGCGGGCGGUGAGGGUGGUGGAUGAGGCUGUCGGGGAGGAAGGCCUCAACCUUCUGGUGAACAACGCCGGGACUCUACAAACGGGCUCCCUCGGUUCACUGUCGGCCGACUCCAUGCUGCAGUGCUAUCAUACCAACGCUGUGGCGCCUGCCAUCCUCACGGAGGCAUUCCUACCACUGCUCAACCGGGCAGCAGAUUUUAAUGUGAAGCUGCCAAUGGGAUGCCAAAAGGCAGCAGUGGUGAACGUGAGCUCUGAGGCUGGGUCUAUCUCAAGUGUGCCUGGCAACUUCCACAUCUCCAAGGUCUACCCUUACCGUGCCAGCAAGGCCGCCCUGAACAUGCUGAUAAGAUGCCUUGCCGAGGAGCUCAAGGAACAGGGAAUCCUGUGCGUGGCCUUGCACCCAGGUUGGGUCAGGACCAGAAUGGGUGGAUCGCGAGCACAGAUAGGCAUUGAAGAGAGCAUCACCGGAAUUCUAGGAGUCAUGGCUUGCCUCACGGAGAAGGAUAAUGGUUCGUUCCUUGACUGGCGGGGUCAGACUGUACCAUGGUGACCCAGCCAGCAACAUUAUCCCAUACCUGUCAACCCCUUAUCAGUGCCCUACCUUAUUACAGACCAAUUCAGACCUUAUUGGUCACCACGUGGCCUUACAAAUCUCAACAUUCAUACUACAAAGCCCAUCACAAGGAGAGAAACACAAACAAAUAGACAAACAAAUGUUGCCCGUAUUGAAACGGCUGUACGCCGCAUGGACCUGAAAACUCAGUUUCCCUGUACAAGAAUACAGGGUAAACCGUAUGGGUUGACACGGUAUGUUAUCCGAAAGACCACUGCCCCCAAAACCACCCGAAGAUUUAUAACGGCACGUAAAAUUGACGGCGUGCCGUUGUCUGGAACUCAAGAAUUAAAGUUUGCGGAAGAGUUGUCAGUUUAACACGUAGGUUAUCGCGACCAAUACUAUUCAUAAUCAACGUUUUUGGGUUUAGAUCGCGUUAUUUAUAAAUGUGUCGUAACCCUCCACCACCCGACACGGCCAAUCAGUAAAAAAGUGUCACGUUGACAAAAGACAAAUAGUUCACUGCUUUAGCCCACCGGUGUGUUGAAGCGUGAAACCACAACAUUUACAAUUUUUGAGUAGUAUGACGUUUCGCUGGUAAUUUCAUCCAGCAUCAUCGGGCAAUUCGCCAGAAUGGUGAGGCUCUGUUCUGUCUCCCGUUCUUAUAAGAGUUGUCUCUGCGAUGGAUGUGUGUAACGAUGCAGCGAGACGGAGUUCCGAGUCGUGGGACGUAAAUAAAGUUUAUUUACAAUGUA